GUUGCGUCAUGGUGAAAACUGUGAAUUGCUUUCAACGGGAGUAGAUAUCGGUUUCAAAGGUUUUAGAAGAUUGCAGAUGAACUCAUUUCUCUGAAACAAAAGGGUAAAGGACUUUUAGUCUUCAUGCCACCACCGACUGAUCGUCAGGAGAUCCUGAAACGGCUAAGAGAUGCGAUUGCUGAGGGGCGAGCCAUCGUCGGAGCAGGAGCAGGAAUCGGGCUCUCUGCAAAGUCUUUCGAGGCUGGUGGAGGUGAUUUGAUCAUAAUUUACAACAGCGGUCGAUACCGUAUGGCUGGUCGUGGCAGUCUCGCGGGACUGCAGCCGUAUGGGAAUGCCAACGAUAUUGUGUUGGAGAUGGCAAAUGAAAUUGUUUCCAUUGUGAAACAGGUGCCCGUCCUGGCUGGAGUCUGCGCAUCGGAUCCGUUUCGUUCACUGCCGACCCUACUUGCAGACCUCCGAGGCCGUGGAAUCGCGGGAGUCCAGAACUUCCCAACUGUAGGGUUAAUUGAUGCCGACAGCGUGUAUCGACAGAAUCUGGAGGAAACGGGAAUGGGCUACGAUACGGAAGUGGAGCUGAUCAAGCUGGCGCACUCGAUGGACAUGCUAACGACGCCUUAUGCAUUCAACGCAAAAGAGGCGAAAGUGAUGACCGAAGCAGGCGCAGAUGUGAUCGUGGCACACAUGGGCCUGACCUCUAGCGGUGCGAUUGGAGCAAAGAAGGGUAAGACUUUGGAGGAAUGUGUGAAGCUGGUCCAAGAGAUAUACGAUGCAGCAAUAGCAGUCAACAAGGAGGUGAUUGUGCUCUGCCACGGAGGACCAAUUGCUCAGCCACAGGACGCGAAGUUUGUGCUGGAGCAAACAAACGCUCAUGGAUUCUAUGGGGCGAGUUCUAUGGAGAGAUUACCGGUCGAAACAGCCAUCGCUGAAGUAACACAAAAGUUCCGGGCGAUAAAGACAGCACCUCGAUGACGACUGGUGUCGAUCUCGGCAUCACCAGGGGGUGGGGUAGAAGAGGAUGUGCUCGCACUUAUGUAUACAAGAUAUAAUGAAAGAUCUCCGUAGGCUGCCUGACUGACGAC